AUGGCCUGCCGCUUAAGCUUGGGACCGGAGAUCCGCGAGUUGAAAUUGGGAGUCACGUUUACCAAUCCAUCUGCUCAGACCGCGUAUCAUACUUUAAAGUAUGACUUCAAACCAGCCAGUGUGGACACCAACAAGCCAGCAACGCUAGAAGUUGGAACCAACAAAGAAGUAACAGUUACCGUGCCACAUACAGAUAGUUCCGGAGUUUCCAACACGGUGUUCAAGGGAAACCAACGAGAUUACAGCAUGAAGGAUUGUGUGCUUAUUAUCGACCAUGUUACGGGGGAAAUUACACUCGAAAGGCUGUGCAGCAAUGUGCAAGUCAAAAAGAUUAGAACUGAAUGCAAAGUCGCUCAGCCCCCAAGUUCACACGAUCCGGUCGGGAAUCCUACAUCGCGGCGAAGUUACAAAACUAAAGUCACAACAGGUUCACGCAAGAACAGUCCCGUCAAUAUCAUUCCAAUGCUUUCACCGUUACCAAACUCGCCCUCCUACCAUCCCAACAAGAGUCCACAGGCCUCGUUCGGGACUAGCAAUGCUCAACAGUCAUUGCCAAGUGUUCCAGCUAUCGAUAUAAAUGACGGAAAUGAUUCUAUGACUGUGCCAUCUUUGUCUGUUCCAACGAGACAAACUCAAAUGCAGCAAUACCCAAACAAGAGUUCGGAGGCCCCAGCCUGGAGUGCCUAUAGUCCUCAACAGACAUUGCCGAGUAUUCCGCAUAAGGAUUCUUUGUCAGUCCCAACGGCACAGGCGCAAAUGCACAGCAGCUCGACCACAGCCAUACGCCACGGAAACAAGAGACGCAAAUCAAAUAACAACCAUGCAGAGCCUGCCGUAGCAGUUAAUUUACCCAUGGUACAAGCUAUAAGUUUGUCGGAAUCGAGUGAUGACAGUGACAGCGAGAGUUCACAGGCCCCGGUCGGGCAUUUUACUUCGCAGCGAAGCUCCAGGACUAAGGUCACAACAGAUUCACGCAAGAACAGUCCCAAGAAUCUCGGUACAAAACAUUCACCGCUGCUAAACUCUUCUUCCUGCCACCCUAAUAAGAGUUCACACGACCCGAUCGGGAAUCCUACUUCGCGGCGAAGUUCCAAAACUAAGCUCACAACAGGUUCACGCAAGAACAGUCCCGCCAAUCUCAUUCCAAUGCUUUCGCCAUUGCCAAACUCGCCCUCCUACCAUCCCAACAAGAGUCCACAGGCCUCGUUCGGGACUAGCAAUGCUCAACAGUCAUUGCCGAGUGUUCCAGAUAUUGAUAUAAAUGACGGAAAUGAUUCUAUGACUGUGCCAUCUUUGUCUGUACCACCGAGACAAACUCAAAUGCAGCAACACCCAAACAAGAGUUCGAAGGCCCCGGCCUGGAGUGCCUAUAAUCGUCAACAGACAUUGCCGAGUAUUCCGAAUAAGGAUUCGUCGUCAGUCUCAACGGCACAGGCGCAAAUGCACAGCAGCUCGACCACAGCCAUACGCCACGGAAACAAGAGACACAAAUCACACAAAAACCAUGCAGAGCCUGCCGUAGCAGUUAAUUUACCCAUGGUACAAGCUUCUGCGCAGCGGAAUACUUUCGUCACAGGUACAAUAAGUUCGUCGGAAUCGAGUGAUGACAGUGACAGCGAGAGUAGCUCUGACUCCGAUAGUAGCUCUGACUCCGAUAGCAGUUCCGAUAGUAGCUCGUCUGAUGCAAAAAGUUCUCCUAUGAAAGACCAAAGCUGGUCAGCGAUCGUAAGCCAUGCCGGUAUGGCUAUUGAGAAUCAGCUGGCGAAGGAUCUAUGUCUAUCCGAGUCCGAUACGGAUUCAGAUUAA